GGGCGCAUGCGCAGUAUCGAUCAUUGCCCCCGCCUGGCCAGCACCUCCUCGCCGCCACACCUCGCCGCGCCGCCAUUUUGACUCCAGGUGUUGCGUCUGUGCUUCUCCGCGUUAGUUAUACCCUCCUGCCAUGGCCAUGGACACCCAGGCCCAGACCAAGAAUAUGGACAACGUGAAGAAAGAGCCGCAGACGCCCAAGACGAAUGAGAACAGUGAAAGUACGGGGAAUUUCCGAGGUGGUGGUCGGGGCGGCCGAGGUGGAUUCCGUGGUAACCGGGGCGGUGGUGGUGGGUCUGGAGGCCGCGGUGGUGGAAGUGGUAACCAGGGCAAUGUUCAGACUUCUACCCAAGUGCCCGGUGGCAUAGGUAGCCUUGGGGGUGGCAGCGGCGGAGGCGGGCGUGGCGGCGGGAGUGGCGGGGGAAGCAACAGAGACAGCCAUGCCCACAACAACAGUGACUCGAGAGACAACAGGAAUGAACAUCAGCGUGGUGGUGGCGGCUACUAUAGGGGUGGCCGAGGUGGACGUGGCGGUGGCCGAGGCGGUGGUGACAGAGGCGGUGGAUCAAGUUAUGGUGAUAGAGAUGGCAGCUCUCAGAGGAACCAAAUCAAGGAACAAUCCAUGGAAAAUAAGUGUCGAAGGAUUAUGAGAAAUGGACACUUCUCUGUGGUCUCCUCAAGUAGAAUUGUCAAGUCUGAGAACAUGGACACAUCAUCACCCUCUACAUUGCAUCAAGACAGAAUUCUAGAACGUCUAAAACAGCUUGCUGGGCCUUUGGUUGAUCUACCACCAAGGGAAGAAACUGUCCGGAAAUUCUCUAAUCAUUGCAGACUCUGGGUGGGAAAUCUUCCUUUGGAUAUAAAAGAAGAUGAUGUUAAGGAACUUUUUAAGUCGUAUGGAGAGUUUGAUGAAGUAUAUUUUGACAAGAACAAAGGAUUCGCCUUUGUUCGAAUGGAUUAUAAGAGUAAUGCAGAAAAAGCACGUCAAGAAUUACACUUAAAGGAUUACAAGGGCCGACAGCUCAAAAUUCGUUUCUCAUCACCAGGCACUGCACUAAAGAUACGUAAUCUUUCUACGUGGGUUACAAACGAACUUUUGGAGAAAGCAUUUUCGGUGUUCGGAGAGUUGGAGAAAGCUAUAGUUAUUACUGAUGAGCGGGGUCGUGCUACUGGUGAAGGCAUAGUUGAAUUCUGUAAGAAACCAUCUGCAAAUUUGGCACUCAAAAAAUGCAAUGAAGGUUGUUUCUUCAUGGUAUCAUCUCCCCGUCCAGUCAUUGUUGAACAGAUGGCUUUAGUUGAUGACAACGAAGGCAUGAGUGAGUUAAAUGUAAACAAACGUAAUCCCGAGUACGUGAAAGAACGACAGCAAGGGCCACGUUUUGCACAUCCAGGAUCGUUUGAAUUUGAGUAUGGCUUGAAGUGGAAGCAGCUCUAUGAACUUUUCGACAAGAAGAAAGAUGCUUUGGAUAAAGAGUUGCAGGAUGAAAAAAGGAAAUUGGAGGAACAGAUAGAAUAUGCUAAAUAUGAGCACGAAACAGAAAUGCUUAGAGAACAGCUGCGCCAAAGGGAAGAGAUGAAUCAGCGAACCAAAUCAGAUUAUGAACAGCGCCAGAGAGAAUGGGAGGAGCAUCGCCGUGUAGAAGAGGAGAGACAGAGACGCCAGGAGGAGGAAUUGUCAUUAAAAUUUCGUCAACAAGAGGAGGAGCUCCGCAGACGCCAAGAAGAAAAUAGACAAUUUAUGCAGGAACGUGCGAGUGACAUGUUAAAAAAUGAAAAUAGCCAAGAUAGCUUUGGAAGUGGUGGCUACCAGGGUACUGAAGGUAGCAACUGGCGCCGCAACAGUGACACAUACAGAUCCCAGGGGGGGAGCAGUUGGCGUGGAGGUGGAAGUGAAUCGUGGGGCCGGUCUGGUAUGGCAGGUAGUCGUGGAGGCAAUAGCUCAUCUGGUAUGGGCGGUAGCUGGGCUGACAGUACCUGGGAUGGUCGUCCUGAUCCCUGGCAGAGUGAAAGUCGUGGUGCAUACCAGCGUGGUAGCAGCGAGAGUGAGCUCCCGCCCCCUCCGGAUCCCAACACGUUCCUGGAAAACUUCAACCGCGGGCGUAACUUUGAGCAGGAAGGAGUUGACUACGCUGGCCAAAGAGGCCGUGAUGCUGGCCGCAGCCGCUGGGGACGCAAUGACCAUGAUGACUACGGCCCAGCCAAGAGGGCUCGCUACUAGAUGUGGAUGAUAGGGCUUUAAAUUAAUGUUGACUGUUGGCCCUCACUGCAUUGGACUGCCAUGAACCUUUCCAUUCAUACAUUAUUUCUUGUAUAAAUGACUGGUUUGGCUUGAUGGGAAUGGGGCAGUAAGAAUUCUGAUCUUGCAGUUAUUGAACAUGCACCAAGUAUAUUAAAUGUUCUUUUAAGAAAUUUUUUGGAUACCCUCCAUUGUUUUAUUGCGAGUCGUGCAAAAGCUGUAGCUUUGCAAGAGAUGCUUUGCAGCAUGACUGGAUGAUGUCGCUGCAUAUCUUGUAUCUGAUGACUAGUUUUGAUUACCUGUUAUAAUAAGAAUUUUUCAGGAUAGUAUCACUAGAAGCCCUAGGGAUUAGAUUUUCAUUAGUGUGACAAAUAUUCCAUAUUGGGGUUAAUUGUAUCAUCCCAGUAGUAUACUGUAGUAUGUAAGUCAUUAUGUGCAAGUAUUUUAUGUCACAUGGUACUAAGUAUUUUGGUAAAAGCUAAGAUUUUAUUUUAUACUCUAGUAAUGAAGUUUUUUUGAUAAUUGUACAAAGAUUUAAGUUAAUCUCUUCAUAACAUGUAUGAAUAUUUUAUUUGUCUUAAUUAAUAAUAAAUGUAACCUUGUAAGUGGUACAUGUGUAAUUAGCUUGACCUUUUAAGGAUUCACUUGGAUGAAUCAAAUUUACAAUGUUUCUGAGUCGAAACUAAGACUGCAUAACAUGUCUUUGAAUCACUCUAGUAUAACAGAGCAUGGCUGGAACUAAUAAACUGCCAUUUGGUUAAAUGCAACGAUGGUAUUGUGGAAACAAAACUUUCUUGGAGUCAAAAAUAUGCUGCUCUGCUGGCUUGUGAGGGAUGCAAGUGACGACAGUAAAUUAUUAAAGCUACAUUUAGCUGAACAUUUUAUAGAAUGUAGUUGUAGAUUUCAUAUAUACUACAUUAUAAAAAAAAAAUCUCCAGACAUUAUAAAGAGAUCUUGCAUUGUGGAAGUAGUUGACAUGGAACUCCUUUUAUCUUGAAGUUAAAGUUUAGUCCGUAUUAAAUAAUUUUAAUGUGUGUCUUCAGAACAAUAUAUGAUCUAACAGCUUUCUAAUAUUUUGUGUGCACCACAAAAUCAGUUUCCUCACUGCUUUUAAAUUAAAAUAUGGGAAGUUUUGUGUAAAGAUCCUAAUGACAUUUUUAUUGGUAUAUUGCAUAUGAAAAUAAAUAAGUGGCAAAACUGAGUCAGUUUAAGAUAUACAAGGAAAACUUUAGUACAUUACCUUUGGAGGAACUUCAACAAUUGGAACUAUAAAAUACACGAGUAUAUCCAUCAAA